AUGAGUCUUUCAAGUGAAGAAUUGUUAAGUUUAUUAGAAGAAAAGGCUAAUGUGAUAAAGAAAGCACAGAUAAAUAUGAAGAAAUGCCCCCAACAGCGUCGGACUAAGGGAUACAUUGAAGCGCGACUAAAAUCCAUUGAAGAAGACUGGCAAUCGUUCAAAUCAUAUCAUCAAGCACUAAUUAAAGCUGUACCGAAGGAAAAUCGUGAAAGUAUUCCAUAUUUUUCCAAAGAACAAUAUUACUUAAUGGAAGAAUUAUACCUAUGUACUAUUGGUGACUUGAAAGAUACAAUGAUGACGUUUAUACAAUCGAAGGAAACCCACUUAUCUGAUCAAGCUACAGUCCCACAAGUAAAGCUUCCCUGGAUUAAACUUCCGACUUUUGCUGGUCAAUAUGAAGAAUGGCCAACCUUCAAUGAUUUGUUCACAUCGCUGAUACAUCAAAACACCGCUUUAACAAAAGUUCAAAAGCUGCACUAUUUAAAGACGAGCAUAGCUGGAGAAGCCGAAGCACUGCUGAAACACAUAACCGUUACCGAAAACAACUAUGAACAGGCAUGGGAAAUUCUGAAACAACGGUAUGGAAACAAACGCCUUAUUAUCAACUCUCUUUUGAAAAGAUUAUUUAAUUUAAAGAAACUUACCACUCCGAUGGCAGCCCAGAUUAAAAACUUGGUAGACACAACUGCUGAAUGUCUCAAUAGUCUUGGCAACCUGCAAGUAUCUACAGAAUCGUGGGAUCCGAUUAUCAUCUACAUGGUUACACAGAAACUAGAUCUAGAAACACGUAAACUUUGGGAAGAUCAUAUCUACAAACCAGAUUCUGAAAGGCUACCUACCUGGCAAGAGUUAAAGAACUUCUUAGAAGCUAAAUUUCGUACCUUGGAGUUGAUUACAUCAUCAUUAGCGCCUGCAAUAAAAGAGAGUAAACCUGUAAAAGAAAAAGCAUUCCAUGUAUCCGCACCUGCACCAGCUAAAACCUGUGUAGUAUGUAACGAAGACCAUAAGCUUUGCCAUUGCAAAGAAUUUACUUCACUCAGCACUGAAGAUAGAAGCAAGAUAGCAAAAGAAAAGAACUUAUGUUUCAACUGUUUGGUUCCGGGCCAUUCUGCUAGGAGAUGUCGAUUAAGGGUGUUAUGUAAAGAAUGUAGAAGACGCCACCACACGCUACUCCAUCAAGUUCCUCAGCAGAAUCCUGUAAUAGAAGAAAGCGAACCCAUUGAAGUGAAAACUAUAAUAUCUUCACAUAUGACAAAGAUAAAGUCCACAACAUUACUAGCGACAGCAUUGAUACCUGUAAGAGAUGGUGGAAGCCGAACGAUCACGUUGCGCGCCUUAAUAGAUCAAGGAUCCCAAGCAAGUUUUAUUUCGGAAAGGGCGACACAACUACUUAGAUUAAAGAAGACAACAGCGCGAGGAACUAUAACUGGGGUAGGAACCACCCAAGCAGAAGUUCAACAUGAGGUACAAUUUCAACUUCUGUCAAGAUACGAUGACAAAUUCCUACUUCCCGUGAAGGCAUAUGUCUUGCCUACACGCUUGACUUCGAAGCUACCAAACAAAUCGUUCGGAUACCAAUCACACGCCUGGCCUCAUUUAGCUAACCUCACUCUGGCAGAUCCAAGUUUCAACCAACCAGGGAGGAUAGAUUUACUGUUAGGCGUAGGAGUGUAUGCUCAAAUCUUAAGAAACAAUUUUAUCAAGGGACCUCCAGGCACCCCCUGUGCUCAAGAAACAAGUCUCGGGUGGAUUCUCUUCGGACAAAUUCGCAGCUACACUUCAGAAGAAGCAAUGACAGUUAUGCACCAUCAAAUAGACGAAGACGAGAUAUUAUAUAAGUUGUGGGAAAUAGAUAGCAAUGAUAGUAAGAAACUAACUAAAGAAGAAGCAUUAUGUGAGAAAAUAUAUGAAGAGACUUAUCAAAGAAACAACGAUGGAAGAUAUGUAGUAAAGUUACCCUUGAAGACAGAACCUCCAAGAACAAUAAAUGGAAAUACAAAAGAAAUAGCAAGAAAGAGACUACAGCAAAUGGAAAGGCGCUUAGAGAAGAAUGGUGAACAAAGAAAGGCAUACAACGAAGUUAUCGAAGAAUAUAUCACGUUAAAGCAUAUGGAAGAAGUACCUGAGGAUGAAAUAGAGAAGCCUUCAGUUUACCUGCCUCAUCACGCUGUAAUUAAAGACUCCAGUGAGACAACAAAAGUAAGAAUUGUUUUCAAUGCGUCAUCGCAAGACUCCAACGCAGUCACUUUAAAUGAUGAUUUGAUGGUUGGACCUCAACUUCAAGAAGACAUGAGAUCGUUAGUUAUGAGAUUUCGAAUGAAAAAGGUUGCAUACAUUGCAGAUGUACAGAAGAUGUAUCGCCAAGUGCUUGUUACGCCAGAAGAUGCUGAAUACCAAAGAAUAUUAUGGCGAAGCGAUGUAAAAUCUCCAGUUAAAGCCUAUCGACUACUUACGGUAACCUUUGGAACUGCAUCUGCCCCUUACCUAGCAGUUAGAACGCUUCAGCAAAUAGCCAAAGAUGAAGGCGACGCAUACCCAGAAGCAGCUAAAGCUAUCAAGUCGGAUUUUUGGAUGGACGACUUGAUGUCCGGACAAGAUUCUGUCGAAAAGGCAAUAGAAGUGGCCCGUGAUAUUUCAAAUAUACUUAGAAAGGGAGGCUUUAUACUGCAAAAGUGGUCGUCCAACAGCAUGGAUGUGUUGAAAGAGUUCAAUCCUAAAGAUAUAAGUACAAAGGUGACAGUUGAUUUACAUGGCGGGAUCGUCCGUGCUCUAGGUCUGUCCUGGAAUCUCCAUGAGGACAAGCUGAAAUAUAAUAGCAACUUACCUCCACAAUCUGAAAGAACCACUAAACGGAGCAUACUCGCCGAAAUACAUUACAUCUUCGAUCCUCUUGGCUGGUUGGCACCUGCGUUGCUUCCUGCAAAAUUACUGCUGCAAAGAUUAUGGUUGGAACGUGUUACCUGGGAUGAAGCUUUGUCACCUGAAAUACAAGGAAAAUGGUUAGAAAUUAGACACAGCUUAGAAAAUUUACAAAGAAUUGAGAUAAAAAGAUGGAUACACACAACAAAUGAAAACUUACCUGACGUAUCGGUACAUGGCUUCUGCGAUGCCUCCAUGAAAGCUUAUGGGGCCGUGGCAUAUCUUAGAGUAAAGACUGAAGAAGGGCAAAUCCAAACAGAAUUAAUAGCCGCAAGAACUCGUGUUGCUCCUCUCAAACCGCUCUCACUCCCCAGGUUGGAAUUGUGCGGAGCUGUCUUGCUAUCCAAGCUUCUAAAACAUAUUAGUGAAGCCAUGCGCAUACCUAUCGGACGUAUCUACGCUUGGACAGACUCCACGAUUGUCUUGUCCUGGCUGCGCGGAGAUCCCGGAAGAUGGCAAACUUUUGUAAGAAAUCGAGUGGUGACUAUUUUGGAUAAUAUUGGAACUAAAUGGUUUCACGUCCAAUCCCAAGAUAACCCUGCAGACCUAGCCUCAAGAGGAAUGGUUUUGACAGAAUUAGAGGAGAAUGAGCUUUGGUGGGAAGGACCAGUGUGGUUAAAGAAAGAAGAAAUAGAUAUGCGUCAAGUUGAAGAUGGAGAUGUAGACCUGGAAAAGAAAAAACAGAUUAAUGUAAACACGAAAAUUAUUGAACAAGAAAAUGAAGAAAAGACAAUACUUACCCAAUUCGAAGAGUUUGAAGAUUUGACGGAACUGAUCAAGUCCAUUAACUAUUGCAAAAGAUUUCUGAGAUUUAAAAAAUAUGAAAAUGAGUCACAAAGCAAUAUUAUUACACCGGAAGAAUUAAGCACAAGUUUAGAAGAUUGUGUUAGAAUAGUACAAGAUAAAGAGUUCAGAAACGAGAUUAAUUAUUUGAAGCAAGGGAAAGCUAUAGAAAGAAGAAGUAAGAUUAAAAAUUUAAACCCUUUCCUUGAUGACAGGAAUAUCCUAAGAGUAGGAGGUAGAUUACGACAUGCUGAUAUACCUGAAAACAGAAAACAUCCGAUGAUAAUGAGUAGAGCGAACCCUUUAGCUAAACUAAUAGUGUUAGAUGCUCAUAAAAGAACAUUACACGGAGGAAUACAACUUACCAUGAAUUACAUAAGAUCGCGUUUCUGGAUCACCCGACUUAAGACUUUGGUAUCAACGACUAUCCAGAAGUGUUUUAUAUGUGCAAAACAAAGAGCCACAAUUCGUGGCCAAAUGAUGGGAGAUUUACCUAAACAAAGAGUGUCGCCUGCACGUCCUUUUUAUAACUCCGGUGUAGAUUUCGCUGGACCUCUUCAAAUAUUACGUUCCAAAGGCAGAGGCAGUAGAUGUGAAAAAGGCUACAUCUGCAUUUUCAUAUGUAUGUCAACGAAGGCAGUUCAUCUCGAACUGGUCGGAGAUUUAACUACAGACUCCUUUUUAGGGGCCUUUAAACGUUUUGUGGCGAGAAGAGGUAGAUGUGGACAUAUCUGGAGUGAUAGGGGUACAAAUUUCGUUGGCGCGGGCAAACGGCUGCAAGAGAUGUGGAACGAGAGCAAGCUUGAGAUGCCAGAGAAUCUUAUAACUUUAUUAGCGGACGAUGGAACAAAGUGGCAUUACAACCCUCCAUUAAGUCCAAAUUUUGGCGGGUUAUGGGAGGCGGGGGUGAAGUCUAUAAAACACCAUUUAAGAAGAAUCUUGAACAUGAACUUAACCUUUGAAGAAAUGACUACCACCCUAUGUCAAAUUGAAGCAUGCCUAAAUUCUAGGCCAUUAUGUCCCAUCGACGACUCAGAUGCAGAAAAUUUGGAUGUACUUACCCCUGGACAUUUCCUCGUAGGAGAAGCUCCCAUGAACGUGCCUGACCCAGAUUUGAAGGAUGUCAAUUGGAAUCGUUUAUCGAGAUGGCAACACUCACAAAGAUUGGUGCAAAACUUUUGGCGUAAAUGGCAGACUGAGUAUUUGUCACGGUUGCAACAAAGGCCCAAGUGGUUUAAGCAAAACAAGGAAUUUCAAGUUGGCGACAUCGUUGUGCUAAAAGAAGAAAAUCUUCCACCUUGUAAAUGGGUACUGGGUCGUAUCACGGAUAAACAUCCAGGAGAAGACAAUAUAUGUCGCGUAUAUAGUAUUAGAACGGGCGGUAAAAUAAUCAAACGUUCAGUGUCAAAAAUAUGUGAACUUCCUAUAAAUGAAUAA